AUGUCAUUCACAUCAAGACUUGUUUUAUUUGGUAGCUGUACAUUGACUGUCGGUAUAAUUGGCUAUGUUCAUUAUAAACAACAUGAUGAUAGAGAACAACUUCAUCUCGGUGUAGUUCGAGACAUCGAACGCCAGGAACGUCGAAAGGCAGAAAAUGUUUAUUUAUUAGAACAACAGAGAGAACUUACUAAAAAACUCAAACAUGUUACGUGUCUUGACGACAGUCUAAUGAGUUUGGAAAAACUUGAUCGAGCAUCACCGGAGCUGUGGCCGGAACAAACAAUUGAUCAAGUUCCAGGUGUUAAUGAAUUUAUUGCUCAGAAUUUAUCACCAAGCGAGCAAUCGUCAUGGUCUGCAUCGGGAAUUAGUACUGAUGAUAUGGCUCAAUUACAUCAACUAGGGAAUUUACCGGUAACCAGCCUCAUAGCAGAAGUUAAAAAACUCCAUGACUUGGCUUAUCAAUUAGGCCUAGAAGAAGCCAAAGAAAUGACUCGUGGGAAAUAUUUAAAUAUAUUUAAAAAUAAAGAAAAAUAA